AUGGCACUGCCGCAGGACCAUAACAAGGACACCUUCGAUGCUAACCUCCGAAUUCCUGGGCUCGAUCUCAAGUCCAUUCCGAUUCGAUGCAAUGGACUAGGUUGGACGAAUGCAGAUCCACGGGUUUUGGCGUACGUGCUUAUCCAGAUACGGGUGCUGCACGAGAUCCCUGCGGGAACGCUGCAAAGAUUUACGGUGAGAGCGCCCGAGGGCAUCAUGUUCAACGAAGAUCCCGCGAAGGUGACGGUGUUGCCAAAGGCGCUGCCACUUCGGCUAGCGAUUCCCACUCAAGUGGCCGGCGAUUUGCUGUCUCUUUACCUGGACGAGAUGGCUGCGGUGGAAGUCGGCACGUACAACAUUCGGUUUGAAGUGAGCAAUCCGACCAUCUACCCGCACGACAACACCUGGUCCAUCUUUGCCAUGAAAGACAUCACGAUGGAGUUUGUCCAUGUGCUGACAGGCUACUACGAGGGGCAGGCGUCCCCUUUCGACAUUCAUAUCGCCCAGGCUCGGACGAAUGCAGCUCCACACGGGGCUCGAUGUUCGCUCCUACUGCUCUUCCUCGUGUUGACGAGCCGAGGGGUGCUGGACCUUUGGGCACCAAGCAGGUAG